GGCAAUCUGGAUUGGCUGGUUUCUUGGGUGGCCAGGGCGGUGUUGGUUCCGCGCGUGACCACCCACAGCCAUGGCCGUGGUAGGGGCUGCUUUCCGCCGCCUGGGUGCCUUGUCCGGAGCUGGAGCCUUGGGUUUGGCCUCCUACGGGGCACACGGCGCCCAAUUUCCGGAUGCCUACGGGAAGGAGCUCUUUGACAAAGCCAACAAGCACCACUUUUUGCACAGCCUGGCCCUGUUAGGUGUACCCCAUUGCAGAAAGCCCCUCUGGGCAGGAUUACUGCUAGCUUCUGGAACUACCUUAUUCUGUACCAGCUUUUACUACCAGGCUCUGAGUGGAGACACUAGCAUCCAGAUUGUGGGUCCUGUUGGAGGAAGUCUGCUCAUCUUGGGCUGGCUUGCCCUGGCUUUUUGAGGUCUCUUGUUUAAUUGCCCAGUCGCAGGCUUUCUGGGUAAUUUGGGAGGGAGGGUGUUGAAGCAGAAAAGAAAUUAAAAGAAAAAGGCACAUAAA